GGGAGCAGAGGGCGGCUCUGCUUGUGUUGAAGAAGUGAAAGUGAAAGAAUCGAACAGUUGAGACUCCGAGUGUCUGUCGUCUGUCGGAGAAGAUGCUGCUCAGUGUGAAGUCCUGCGAGCUGCAGGCCGGAGGCUUCUGCUUCGAAAACAGCCGCCGGAAUGCGGCGUUGGAGUCCAACUUGUCAGAGCUCGGCUACAAAGCUCCCAGUGCCAGAAAGACGGGGACGACCAUCGCUGGGAUAGUUUACAAGGACGGAGUGAUCCUGGGAGCAGACACCAGGGCCACGGACGACAUGGUGGUGGCCGACAAAAACUGCAUGAAGAUUCACUACAUCGCUCCGAAGAUCUACUGCUGUGGGGCGGGCGUGGCUGCGGACGCAGUGACCACCACACAGAUCAUGGCGUCCAACGUGGAACUGCACAUGCUCAACACCGGGCGGCCCCCCCUUGUUGCCAUGGUAACCCGGCAGCUGAAGCAGAUGCUGUUCAGGUACCAGGGUCAAGUUGGCUCAUCGUUGAUCGUGGGAGGAGUCGAUGUGACCGGAGCUCACCUGUACAGCGUUUACCCACACGGCUCCUAUGACAAGCUGCCUUUCCUCACCAUGGGUUCUGGAGCUGCAGCAGCCGUCUCUGUGUUCGAGGACAGAUUCAAACAAAACAUGGAGCUGGAGGAAGCGAAGCAGCUCGUGCGAGACGCCAUCGUCGCAGGUAUUUUCUGUGACCUGGGCUCCGGCAGCAACGUGGACCUGUGUGUCAUCACCGAGGCCGGAGUGCAGAACCUGCGAGGCUACGACAAGCCCACGGUCAGGGGCAAGAGAGAGGGACAGUACAGGUAUAAACCCGGCACCACCAGCGUCCUGAGCAAAACUGUGACCCCGCUUUCCCUGGACGUGGUCGACCAGUCUGUUCAGAUCAUGGACACGGAAUGAAAGCCCUCCACCAUCUUGCUCCCCAAUACCUCACUGAUCUCCUCUCCCCCUACCAACCCACAUGGUCCCUCAGAUCCACCUCUGCCGGUCUCCUCUCCAUCCCCAAAACCAACCUCCGCAGCCUGGGACACAGAGCAUUCUCCAGGGCUGCUCCCAGGCUCUGGAACUCCCUCCCCCAAGAGAUCCGUGAUUCCGACUCCCUCACCACCUUUCAGUCACGCCUAAAAACCCACCUCUUUUCCUCUGCAUAUCCCUAGCUCCCCCCGUUCCACUUUUAUUUUAUUUCUUUUUUUUUUGUACCAGCGCUUUGGGUCCAUGAAAAGCGCUUUAUAAAUCAAAUAUAUUAUUAUUAUUAUGAAAUGAUACAAGAACAACAGCUCUUUCCUGCUGGAAUAAAAAUCUCGUCAAUGCUUGGAAAUGAUGUUGGUUAAUAAGUUUCACUUACUGUAAAAGUGAUUUCUUGAAUAAAAAAAGCUUUUUUCUGUCAAA